CGGCGUUUCCUCUCCACUGCGAGGCAAAUCCUUGAUACGGCAUGAGCCACGUCACGUCAUGAGCCAACAAUUCUUUUUGCUUCGGGUGUGCCAGAUGCGCACGGGCCUGUUCUUUGCGGUUUAUACAGUUGCGGAGGUGGUGUUCAGUCAGUGUCAGUGGUGACUCGCGAGUAACAACAUUAGAAGAGGAAUAGCGGGUUUUGGAGAUAAUUAUUCAAUUAAAGAGCAUUAUCAUGGCAGCCCAUCAGUACUACCACGUGCAGUGCACCCCAACGGUCUACCCAGCCGAGCCAUUUGACCCAGAAAAUGACGCUCAGAUGCUGCGUAACGCCAUGAAAGGUUUCGGAACCGAUGAACAGACAAUUAUCGACGUGUUGGCGCAUCGCGGUAUUGUCCAGCGUCUCGAGAUUGCCGAUAAAUUCAAGACAAUGUUCGGGAAGGAUUUGAUCUCCGACCUGAAGUCUGAACUGGGGGGCAACUUCGAGAAUGCUAUCGUCGCCUUGAUGACACCCCUCCCCGAGUUUUACGCUCGCGAACUGAAUAAUGCGAUUUCUGGGAUGGGAACUGACGAGGAGACGAUCAUCGAGGUUCUUGCGUCCUUGAGUAAUUACGGGAUCAAGACGAUUUCAGCUGUUUACAAAGAUUUAUUUGGGAAUGAACUCGAAGAUGAUCUGAAAGGGGACACUUCCGGGCAUUUCAAGCGUCUCCUUGUAUCGCUCUCAGUCGCUAAUCGGGAUGAAGACCCGGACGUGGACGAGAGAGCAGCAGUGGAGGAAGCGGAGAGACUCUUCCAAGCCGGCGAAGGCCAGUGGGGCACCGACGAGAGCGUCUUCAACUCGAUCCUGAUAACCAAGAGUUACCCCCAGUUGCGUAGAAUCUUCUACGAGUACGAGAGAAUCUCCGGAACGAGUCUCGAAGACGCCAUCAAACGAGAGUUCUCAGGGUCUCUUGAGGACGGUUACCUCGCAGUUGUGAAAUGCGCGCGAGACAAGACCACCUAUUUCGCCGAGAGACUCCACAAGGCGAUGGCCGGAAUGGGCACAACCGAUUCCACCCUCAUCCGCAUCAUCGUCUCUCGUUCGGAGAUCGAUCUCGGGGACAUCAAGGAGCUCUACCAGAAGAUGUACGGAAAUUCCCUCGCUGCUGACAUCGAUAGUGAUACGUCCGGUGACUACAAGAGACUCUUGCUUGCUUUGACUGGCCAAUAAACAUCCACAUAACUAUUAUUUUCAUAUUCACGUUGUGUCUAAUCCUAUGAGAUAUUAUUUAUUCACGGAGCGACUGCAGCGAUGAUUUCAAACGACUUCUUUUAGGGCUGAUAAAUUAAUGGGCAGGCAUUGCGUUUUUAAUCCGUUUGUGUCAUUAAAGAGGAGAGGAAACACUCCGCUAAUUGUUCUAAUUGGCUGACGAUUGUAACGCCGCGAGUAAAAAACUCCUUAUCGCCCUCCUCAACUGAACGAAGCAAAUAAAAAACAUUUAACUGAGACUCUCAGAAUGCAUUUAAUCGAGUAAAAAAUGUCAAUACAAAAAUCUUCAUUCCUAAACUUAUCAAUUAGUCCCCGAGGGGAAAUGGCGAAAGAAAACGAUCAAAUCAUCUGAACCGAGGGCAGCACUUCCUUCCUGACUCCCUCUCGAUCGAUGAUCUGGUUCAGCGCUCCCGACACAUUCCCCAUUUUAGCUGAAUAAAUACUCAUCGAAUAGUCCAAAGGGAUGUUGAAGCAUCCGACGUUCACGAUCCUGUGAAUAACAUGAUAAACCGAGACUUUGAUCGCCACGCAGCCAUGAUAGUGUUGCUUCCCGAAGGAGAGAUCGUACAGUUUCAGGCAGAUCUCUGCUGACAACUUUUCCAGCUCUGGAAUUCCGAUGCAAAUGGGCGGAGGAUUGCGCGCUGGAUCGAAUGAAUCGUGAGAAAAUUAAAUAAAAACUUUGAAAUGUUGAAAAAAACUCAGCGAAUAAAAUAUAACAAACCGGCGUGAAUACAAUGUAUUUUCAGAAUUAAAAUAUUAAAAUAUGUAAUGAAGAAGAAUAAAUUCUUAUGUGAAUACUA